CAACCGGGAGGGUUACCUUUGGAAGCUUGUGGCAGCUCUGGCCUCGGCCCUGCCCUCUUCCCGCCCCUCCCCUCCCCUCAACUCCCGGCACCUAGGAGCUGCCAAACAUCUGGCUCGACCACUGCUACGAAGGGGUUGAAUUUCUACCAUUAACGCGCCUUUUUCCAUUUUUUUCCCCCGACUUCCUCACAUCCAUAAAUCUCACUGACUCUUUUACUACACGUUGUAUGAGAACAAGACAUUUUCUAGGAAGAUGGUGGCAGAAAAAGAGACCCUGAGCUUAAACAAAUGCCCAGCCAAGCUGCCGACGAGGACCAAGCUCCUGGCACAGCAGCCGCUCCCGGUGCACCAGCCUCACUCCCUGGUUUCUGAGGGCUUCACAGUCAAAGCCAUGAUGAAAAACUCAGUCGUGAGAGGCCCUCCAAGUGCAGGAGCAUUCAAAGAAAGACCCACCAAACCCACAGCGUUUCGAAAAUUUUAUGAACGAGGAGACUUCCCAAUUGCCCUUGAACACGAUUCGAAAGGAAACAAAAUAGCGUGGAAGGUAGAAAUUGAGAAGCUGGAUUACCAUCAUUAUCUGCCUCUGUUUUUUGAUGGGCUCUGUGAAAUGACAUUUCCCUAUGAGUUUUUCGCUCGGCAAGGAAUCCACGACAUGCUGGAACACGGGGGGAACAAGAUUCUUCCUGUCAUUCCACAGCUCAUUAUCCCGAUAAAAAAUGCCUUGAACCUACGGAACCGACAGGUCAUCUGCGUCACUCUCAAAGUCCUACAGCAUCUGGUUGUGUCAGCUGAGAUGGUGGGUGAAGCGUUGGUGCCCUACUACCGGCAAAUCCUUCCCAUCCUGAACAUCUUUAAGAAUAAGAAUGUGAACUCCGGGGAUGGCAUUGACUACAGCCAGCAGAAGCGGGAGAACAUUGGCGACCUGAUCCAGGAGACACUGGAGGCCUUCGAGCGCUACGGCGGCGAAGACGCCUUCAUCAACAUCAAGUACAUGGUCCCCACCUAUGAGUCGUGCUUGCUGAACUAGCAGGGAGGCAGCUGGGCUUGGGCGGAGGGGGUGCUCCCCAGGGUGCUCCCCACCACCCGUCUCUGCCGCUGCUAGCAUCUCCUUAUCCGCAACUUCGGCCGCUCAGCAUUUCCACAGCUGCUGAAACAGCGGGUCAUGGGCCCUCGGAUUGUUAGCCCUGUUGAGAGCAAGGCUUUCCCAUACAUAAAUAGUGCCUGUUUCUUAGAUUACAAUAGUGUACUGUGCUUAUUUGUUCCAGGAGAAGAAUCGCUUCUUUAUCCAGUUCGGAAAGAAAGCAGGAGUCCGAGUUAAACCUUCGGUUGUAUGGACAAUAAAACUAUGAUUUUCGUACGCAA